CCUACAUGACCCAGAAAGCACACAGGCCCGAAACACCCCACAGUCAAAAAGGGGGGAGGUCAAACCCGAAAAGAAUCACCUCGCAAAGGCAAGGAUGCUCCUCCGACAGGCAGAACCAGCAGACGUGGACGGCUACAUCUCAGCAGCAGCAGCAGCCAUGAGCGACUCACCCACCCAGGACACCACCACCACCACCACCACCACCGACACGCUGGACGACGUGUUCGGGUCCGACGGCGACGACGACACGCCGGUCUUUGAGGAGGAGGACAACUACAACAACCACGACAACAACAACAACACCGCCGACAUCCGCACCGUCGCCGGCCGCCCCACCACAGCAGCACACCACCACCCCUCCGACAUCCACCGCCUCCGGCAGUCGCACGCCACCGCGGGCUACCGCGAGGGCAUCACGGCGGCCAAGGCGGGCAGCGUGCAGGCCGGGUUCGACGAGGGCUUCGGGGUCGGCGGGGCCGUCGGCCUGCGGGUCGGGUGGCUCCUGGGCGUGCUGGAGGGCGUCGCGGCGGCGCUGGGGUCGUCGUCGUCGUCGUCCUCAUCCUCGACGGCUGACGAGGCGGGGGAGGCGCGCGCGAUGCUGGCCUCUGCGCGGGCGGAGCUCGACCUGCGGGGGGUCUUUGGGCCGGAGUACUGGGGGGAGGACGGGAUCUGGAGGUAUGAGGUCGGUGGUGGGGAGGGGGGGCAGGAGGGGGAGGAAGGGGAGGUCCUCUUCUCGCACGUGGCCGAGGCCCACCCGCUCGUGAGGAAGUGGACCGCCGCCGUCGAGGGGGUGAUGGCGCGGUGGGGGGUCGAGGGGGACCUGCCCCUGCUGCGGCGGCGCGAGGGGGACGACGGCGACGAGCAGCAGCAGCCUGUGCCCGCCAAGGCCGUCGCGCCGGCCCGGCCUGAUGCCAAGGCUGCCAGUGAUGCGCUGAGCUGGUGAGGUUUUUUUUUCCCUUUUGGCUCGGGGACUCGCUCGUUCGUGUUGGGGGGCGCUUGGACUGCCUGGGAGGGGGACUACGCGAUCACGGACGGACGGAGGGACGGGCGCGCAGGCACGCAGUCAUUGCGAUCAGAGGUGCGUAGUGCAGAGUGCUCUCUGCAUCGACACACGACGAUGACGACGACGAAGCACGGGUUCGUCCAUCAAUCACUCACAGCAGCAGGUCCGGUGCAACACUGGGGGCUGACUGGCCGGCGAGGCUCAGUACGUAGGUACUGUAUCUACAUGAUGGAAGGCCUCCCGUCUAGCAAGCUAGUUAGGUAGAGAAAAGGAAGUAAAUCUAGUAAUUAUAUAAAGAGUGGCUUAUAUAUUAUAAGGGUAAGAUUAAGGAUAAUCUUUUUAAAAAAGCUUAAUAUUUAGUAUUAGGUAGAGUUAUUUAAUUU